AUGGCGAAGCAUCAUCCGGACCUCAUCAUGUGCCGCAAGCAGUGUGGCAUCGCCAUUGGCCGUCUUUGUGAGAAGUGUGACGGGAAGUGUGUGAUUUGCGACUCCUACGUGCGCCCCUCGCAGCUGGCGCGUGUGUGUGAUGAGUGCAACUAUGGAAGCUAUCAGGGCCGCUGUGUCAUCUGCGGGGGUGCCGGUAUCUCGGAUGCCUUCUACUGCAAGGAGUGCUGCCAAUGCGAGAAGGACCGGGACGGGUGCCCGAAGAUCGUGAACCUGGGCACAGCACGGACAGACCUCUUCUACGAGCGUCUCCUGUCUGCAGGGGGAGGACGCAUCGGGCCAGGAGGGCGUUGGUUCCAGGAUGGGAACGCAAUCAAGCUUCUUCAGACAUACAAAUAA